AUGGCUGAAGUUAAUAUCAGUUAUGUCACUGAAUUCGUUCUCCAGGGAAUUACAGACCGGCCAGAGCUUCAGGCCCCAUGCUUCGUGGUGUUUUUACUCAUCUACGUGGCUACAGUGCUGGGCAACCUUGGCUUGAUUACCUUAAUCAGGAUUGAUGCUCGGCUCCACACACCGAUGUACUAUUUCCUCAGUCACUUGGCCUUCGUUGACCUUUGUUACUCCUCUGCCAUCACGCCGAAGAUGAUGGUGAACUUUGUGGUGGAAUGCAACACUAUUCCUUUCCAUGCCUGUGCAACACAACUGGGCUGUUUUCUCACCUUUAUGAUCACCGAGUGUUUCCUUUUAGCUUCCAUGGCCUAUGACCGCUAUGUGGCCAUCUGCAGUCCCCUGCAUUACUCAAUGCUGAUGUCAACAAAAGUCUGCAUUCAGUUAGUGGCAGUCCCAUACAUAUACAGCUUUCUGGUUGCCCUAUUCCACACCAUUGUCACCUUCCGUCUAACUUACUGUGGCCCCAAUGUAAUCAACCAUUUCUAUUGCGAUGACCUCCCUCUCUUGGCACUGGCCUGCUCAGACACUCACAUGAAAGAAAUUCUCAUCUUUGCCUUUGCUGGUUUUGAUAUGAUCUGUUCCUCUUCCAUUGUCCUCACCUCCUACAUCUUCAUCGUCACCGCCAUUCUAAGGAUCCGCUCGACUCAGGGGCGACGCAAGGCCAUUUCUACCUGUGGCUCCCAUAUGGUGGUUGUCACUAUUUUCUAUGGCACACUGAUCUUUAUGUACCUACAGCCCAAAUCAAACCACUCCCUGGACACAGACAAAAUGGCAUCUGUGUUUUACACAGUGGUGAUCCCCAUGUUGAACCCCCUAAUCUACAGUCUAAGGAACAAAGAGGUGAAAGAGGCCUGGAAGAAAGGCUUGGAUAAUGGUUGUGAAACCUUAAAGAUAUUAAAAUUAAGAAAAUAA